AUGAGAUAUUUAUGUGUAUUUUUAAGCGUUUGGUGUUUACAUUUUAUUUACAUAUUUGCCUACCACAUCAAAGUAUAUCAGGCAAAAUCAAUUAGUCCACGCGUAUGCAUAAUUGGUGCUGGAAUUGCAGGACUAACUUCUGCUAGAUAUUUGAAGGAAGAAGGAAUAAAUUUCACCGUUUUAGAAGCCACUAAAUAUAUAGGCGGUACGUGGAGAUAUGAACCAAGGGUUGGCUUUGAUGAAAAUGGUUUACCUAUACAUACAAGCAUGUACAAGCAUUUAAGAACUAAUUUACCGAAACAAACAAUGGAACUUCGAGGAUUUCCUAUGCCAGAAGAUAUGCCGUCAUUUCCUAGCUGGCAAAUAUAUUACAACUAUAUUAAAUCUUAUGCAAAUCAUUUUGACAUAGAGAAGCAUAUUAAGUUUUUACACAAUGUGAUAUUAGUGCGAAGAGAAGGAAACGUAUGGAAAGUGAGACACAGGCAUGUAGUAACGGGAGAGGAAUACGAGGAAGAAUAUGAUUUUGUUAUAGUCGGAAGUGGUCAUCAUAGUAAACCUAAUAUGCCGGAAAUUCCAGGAGAACAACAAUUCAAAGGAACUAUAAUUCACAGCCAUGACUAUAGGGAACCAGAAGUCUUCAAAAACCGACGCGUCCUGAUCGUCGGUGCGGGCCCUUCGGGCAUGGAUAUCGCCAUCGAUGUAGCUUUUUAUUGUAAAACGCUUUUUCACAGCCACCAUUCUAAGGUGAACUUUCGAACAAAGUUCCCGAAUCAUUACAUAAGGAAACCCGACGUGAAAGAAUUUAAUGGAACUGGUGUAUUUUUCGUCGAUGGUACAUAUGAAGAAAUUGAUGACGUCAUAUAUUGCACUGGUUACGAAUACUAUUACCCGUUUUUAGACGACACUUGUGGUUUAACACUCGGCAAGCACUAUGUAGUUCCGCUGUACAAAUACAUGGUGAAUAUAAACCAACCAAGUAUGGUACUACUAGGGCUUGUAAUUCGAGCCUGCCUCGUAGUCGCCAUAGAUGCCCAGGCCCGUUACGCGACAGCCCUUAUAAAGGGCAAUUUCACGCUGCCUUCAAAAGAGGACAUGUUGGAGGAAUGGCAGAAACAAGCUGACAUUAUUCUCUCCAAGGGGCGGCCGUUGUCUGAUAUACACUUUUUAGCUGAGAAAGAGGAUCAGUAUUAUGCCGAGAUUACGGCAGAGUCAGGCAUCGAUAGGGUUCCCCCGGUUAUGUUCAAAAUCCGCAUCGUCGACACAGAGGCCAAGCUUGAGAACCUCUACACAUACAGAAACUACGUCUACAAGGUUAUUGAUAAUGAAACAUUUACAAGGAGUUUUGAAAACGAAACAGCUGAUAGUAAUUAUAAUUUCCCCUCUCUACCUUGA